GACAUCUUUCUUUCUUUAUAUAAGAAGUAACACUUGUCACUCUUUGUUGUCAUUUCUCUCAAACAUUUUUCUCAAAAAUCUCUCUGUCUCUUAUUUAUAUAUAUAUAGCUACUAUACUCUUAUAGUCUUCAUCAUCUUCAUACAAAUUUGAGAUUUAACUUUGAAGUUUACAACAAUCACUGAAGAAUAUGGACAACAAUAAUCAACAAUCAUUUUGGCAAUUCAGUGACCAACUUCGUGUUCACACAUCAAAUCUAGCAAACUUAUCUCUAAAUGAUUCAAUUUGGGGUACAAGUUAUUCAUCUUCCAAAAAACCUGCUGCUGAUCAAAGAAUAAAUUUUGAUAUCAAAGUCGGUGGCCAAAUCAACAACAACAACAACUCUGUUUCUCUUGAAAAAUCCCCUGUUUCUGAUUUCAACAAUCAUGCUUGGAAACACAUGGACAACAACAACAACAACAUGUUUGGUGUUGUUGAUGUUGGUCUCAAUGGUGGUUUCAACAAAGGAAUUUAUUCAAAACCAUCUUAUGGUAAUUUUAAUGCUAACAACAACUUGAAUAAUAUCAAUUUCAAGGGAAACAAUGUUGUUGGUGUUGGUGUUGAAGAUGAGAUUUUUCAUCUACCCAAUAAAUCUGCUAAGAAGAACACAAACCCUAACAAGAAACAUGGAGACAACAACAACAACAACAACAGUGAUGGUAACAAGAAUAAGGAUUCUAAGGCUGCUUCUGAUAAGAGAUUCAAAACAUUGCCACCAUCUGAGUCUUUACCUAGGAAUGAAACCAUUGGAGGGUAUAUCUUUGUUUGUAACAAUGAUACCAUGGCUGAAAAUCUCAAAAGGCAACUCUUUGGUUUGCCUCCAAGAUACAGGGAUUCAGUUAGGGCCAUUACUCCUGGGUUGCCCCUUUUUCUUUACAACUACACAACUCACCAACUCCAUGGAGUCUUUGAGGCUGCAGGCUUUGGAGGAACAAAUAUUGAUCCAACAGCUUGGGAGGACAAGAAGUGCGCUGGCGAGUCUCGUUUCCCUGCUCAGGUAAGAGUGAUUACUAGGAAAACUUGUGAGCCACUAGAAGAGGAUUCUUUCAGGCCAAUUCUUCAUCACUAUGACGGUCCUAAGUUCCGUCUUGAGCUGAAUGUGCCCGAGGCACUGUCUCUGUUGGAUAUUUUUGAAGAACAAGAUACUUCCAACGACUCUUUCAAGGUUAUGGCAGCAUAAAAAGGUUACAAUUUACAAAGAAUAAAGGAAAAGCAAUUACAACAAGUGAGAAAGACAAUACUAGUACUAGAUAAUUAGAGAUAUGGGUUUGUUUUUAUAACUAUGGACUUACAAAUAGAGUCCAAAGAUAUAUAAAAACAAAGUGAAUAUAUAUAUAUAUAUAUAUAUAUUUACCGGAGGAUAUUCAGCCUAUAUAUUGUGUUCUACUGUUUUUAUAGAGGCUGCUAUACAUUACAUGGUUGUCCAAUUUUUCUUGUGUUUGGUAUAAUACUAUUAUAUCAUAUUAAGGAGAAUGCAAUAAGAAUGAAUGAACUAUUUUGCUUA